UUGACGGCGGGACCCCUGAGAAUGAAUGCUGCAUCGCGGUCUGAUUCGCACUGGAGUCCCUGAGGGGUUGGGAAUUGAUGGAGGAGGUUGCGUCGCACGGCGGAACCCUAGAUUGAUAUGCGACUAUACGUUUGUCUUGUUGAUGACAGAUAGACCGCUCUAGAUAUUUUGAACAAAACCUAGAACCGAGAGGUACCCAGCUUCCAGCGCCUUACGCAGCCCCUAAACCCUAAAAACCCCUCCCAUCCAAAUCCAGGAGAACAACAAUGGCAGCAAUCAUACGCAGCAAGCUCCGUCUCCUCUCACCCGAUCUCCCUCAUCGGAUCCGCCAUUUCGCAACUUCGAUCUUGAACCCAGAUUCGAAAACCGCGCUCUCAAGCAAGGAGAAAUCUCGAGCCGCCCUCUCUCUGCUCCAAACCGAGACCAACCCGGAGCGCAUCCUCGACAUUUGCCGGGCCGCCUCGCUAACCCCCGAGUCUCACCUCGACCGACUCGCCUACUCCAAGGCCAUCUUGAAGCUCCGGAACUCGAAUUACUUCGGGGGGAUCCGGGAAUUCCUCGAGGAAUCCAAGUCCCGACCCGAUUUCAGGUCCGAAAAGCUCAUCUCCCACGUUGUCGUUCUCUAUGGGCAGGCCGGCAUGCUCAAUGACGCCAUGCUGACCUUUGAGCAAAUGGAGGAGAUGGGAAUCCAAAGAUCGGUGAAAUCGCUCAACUCUCUGUUGUUUUCGUGUCUUCUAGCUAAAAAUUAUGAUGAAAUGAAGAGGAUUUUUGUGGAUUUUCCGAAAAAAUAUGGGAUUGCUCCUGACUUAGGUACCUACAAUGUCAUGAUUAAGGGGUUUUGCGAGUCGGGUUCUGCUAGCUCUGUUUACUCUAUAUUGGAUAAGAUGGUUAGUAAUGAAGUCAGGCCAAAUGCCACAACUUUUGGGAACUGUCUCAGAGGUUUUUACAGUGAGGAAAAGUUUGAGGAUGUUGGAAAGAUUAUGGAUUUGAUGAAACAACAUGGGGUUUCAUCCGGAAUUUCUAUUUAUAACAUAAGGAUUGAGUGCUUGUGUAAGCUCAAGCGGUCUAAGGAGGCAAAGGCUAUGCUUGAUAAGAUUUUUUCCGCGGGUAUAAAGCUGAAUUCCUUUACUUAUGCUCAUUUGAUACAUGGGUUUUGUAAGGAAGGUGAUUUGGAAGAGGCAAUGAAUUUGUACAAAAAGAUGGUUAACCGUGGAUUCCAACCGGAUAGCGAAACCUACUUUAGGCUGGUUUACUUUUUAUGUAAAAGUAAAGAUUUUGAGGGCGCAAUUGCGAUUUCUAAGGACUGUAUGGAAAAGGGAUGGGUUCCAAAUUUCUCAACUAUGAAGAUGCUCGUGGACGGGCUUGUGAGUAUUUCGAAGGUUGAUGAGGCAAAGGCAAUUGUUUCUCAGAUGAAGGAGAAGUUUUCCAAGAAAGCUGACAAGUGGACUGAGAUUGAAGAAGGGCUGCCCAAGUAGGGAAAGGAAGGAUGGGCCCAGAAAAUUUUGCCAAAGGUCUCUCUAUACUUUGCUUCCGGUAUUAUUACUUGGACUUGAUUUCCCAAGCAACAUAUUUCGAGUUCAUUCUCAAAGCUAUUUGAACAUGGGGGAACUAUAUCACCUCAAAUGUAGUUCUUUUUAGCAUGAGAGUCAAGUGAUUACAACUACCUCCAUGCAACAAUAGUUUGAAAACGAUGGCCGAUAUGUUUGUAUUGACCGUAUUCUCAAGUACUCCAUAUGUUUCAUUGCUGUAAUGUGAAAUGCAUAAAUUUUUCUUGCUAAU